AUGGGCAGUGCCCAUGUCAUCCUGCCAGGAUGGCUGUGCUCCACAAAGGUCUCCUCGCUCAUCGAGAGGAUCUCUGACCCCAAGGACUUGAAAAAACUUCUCAGGACCCGGAAUAAUGUAUUGGUGCUUUACUCCAAAUCCGAGGCUGCAGCUGAAAGUCAUCUCAGGUUACUGUCCACUGUGGCCCAGGCAGUGAAAGGACAAGGCACCAUCUGCUGGGUGGACUGUGGUGACACAGAGAGUAGAAAAUUGUGCAAGAAGAUGAAAGUUGACCUGAGCCCAAAGGACAAAAAGGUCGAAUUAUUCCAUUACCAGGACGGUGCAUUUCACACUGAAUAUAACCGAGCUGUGACAUUUAAG